AUGCUCAUUCCACCUUAUCAGAAAUUUCUGAAGGAUGCUGUUCAGCAAAGAACCAGGGAAGCACAAGGGAUGGUAGUGUUGACUCGUGAGUGCAGUGCAAUCAUUCAGCGGAAGCUCUGCGAUCUAGGAUCAUCUGUCAGCCUCAUGCCUUUGUCUGUAGCAAAGAGACUGGGAUAUCACAAGUACCAAGCCUGCGGAAUCUCACUAGUCUUGGCAGAUAGAUCGAUAAGGUUACCAACUGGGAUGCUUGAAGACCUGCCUUUGAGGAUAGGGAAUGUGGAGAAAGACCCCACGACUUCAUUGUGCUUGAGAUGGAUGAGGAACCAACAGAUCCAUUGA